CCCAGACUUUUUUCCAUAGACAUCAUCCUACCAAUGCUUCGGCCUUCAUGAUUGGGUCUCCCGCCAAGCGAGUCUCCGUCCAGGUCCGGACCCUGGCUGACAGUUAUCUCUAUAUUAUCUGGUCUCGGCAUUGUCGUUACUCGACCAAGUAUAUUGUUCCUGACGAUAUCCGCCCCACCAAGCGUCGCGAGUUCCACGACUAUUUCGUCACUCAUCUGCCCUCGUCCUCGCUACAUCCGGAUCCCCGGGGUCCUUUGGCCCCCUUCCACAAACUCCCUCGUGCAGAGUCGGUCCCCCAUACGGGCGAGAUCUCGCAUUCUCCCGCCGCAUUCCAGCCCCUUGUCGACCGGGACACCACUGUCGUUCGCAUCCCACUGCGGAGUGCCAAACACCACUUUGGUGCACACAGCUUACGAGGCACCCGGCCCUACAAUGAAGAUGCCUACCAGGCUGGUGUCAUCGAUAUACCCGCUUUUGCGAAGCGUCCACCGGCCUCUUUGACGAUCAAGAAGACUGGCACUAUCCCUGUCCCCAGAGAGAGCCGCGGGGCCGACACCGCGAGCGGGGAUCCGCAGGUCUUCUACUUCGGCGUCUUUGACGGCCAUGGCGGAACGGAGUGCAGUACUUUUCUGAAGGACUGGCUUCAUGAAUAUAUUCAGGAUACCGCGGCCGCCUUUGAACUACAGUCGAGUCUCCGACAAGGCUCAAGCGGCCAGUUCCCGCGGGGCGCGGAUCCCUCAUCCGGAGCGUUGCCAAUAGUACAAGGCGGUAACUCUAAGCGUAUCGGAGAAUUAGAGAAGAUCCUUGUGCAGAACUGGAAGACAUUGGUUGGCGGCUAUUUCAAGAGAUUCGUUCCACCUCACUUCACACAUGCUGGAAAACAGAACUCGACGACGGAUGUGGAUUCUGGCAUGGGGGUCACCAUUGAGGAGAUCUUGGAGUAUGCCUUUCUCCGGACUGAUCUGGAGUUUGUUUCGGCACAAGCGGCUAAACGAGACGAUGAAUUCACAAAGGUCGGUCAGCCAAUGCAUCAGGAUGAUAUCCUGUAUGGCCCAAGCCGCUCCCGAUCGUUGAACAUUGGCGGGGUCAAUCGCUUCAAGGGAGGCAGCACGGCCAGUAUUGCGCUCAUCUCAACUCCGACGCCCGCUCCGUUCUGGCACCCCAAUGCUCCAUCUAGCCUGCUUGUAUCGCAUGUCGGAGAUACCCGGAUCCUCUUGUGUUCCACUUUGACCGGCCAAGCCAUCCCGGUCACGUCCAACCAUCACCCCUCGUCGCCUAUUGAAGCUUCCCGGUUACGACGGUACGCUACCACGUUUGUGACAGACUCGUUUGGAGAAGAGCGCAUGAGCGGGCUUGCCAACACUCGAUCUUUUGGGGACGUCCAGUCCAAGCGCAUCGGUGUCUCGGCAGAGCCAGAGAUCCGUCGCAUCGAGAUGGGCCCAGCCGAGUACUCAUUCUUGGUACUCAUGUCGGACGGAGUCAGCGGCACGCUCCUAGACCAAGAGGUCGUCGACAUCGUCAAGGAAGCCAAGACCCCCGACCAGGGUGCUUCCGACGUGGUCAAAUUUGCGACGGAGGUGACCCGUGAAGGAGACAAUGCCACCUGCUUGGUAGUCCGAUUAGGCGGGUGGGAGCGACGGCUAGAGGGAGGACUGGGCAGCUUGGGGACAAAGGAGUCUCGAGAGUGGCGUCGGCAAGAAGCGACAGAUCCGCGCAGGUCACGGAGAUGAUAAUGAAGAUUUUUAACAUUUGAUAGAGAAUAUGCC